UUUACAGACGGAACAAUUUGCUGUUUUAUGGAUUCUAUUCACAGUAAUUGUUUUGGGCAAUUCAGCGGUAUUGUUUGUAAUGUUUUUGAAUAAAAAUCGCAAAUCACGAAUGAAUUAUUUUAUUAAACAAUUGGCAUUGGCAGAUCUUUGUGUUGGUUUACUCAACGUUUUAACUGAUAUCAUUUGGCGCAUAACGAUAUCCUGGCGAGCCGGUAAUGUGGCGUGUAAAUUAAUACGUUUCUCUCAAGUUUGUGUUACAUACUCAUCGACGUAUGUUCUGGUAGCCAUGAGCAUUGAUAGAUAUGAUGCCAUUACACAUCCCAUGAAUUUUUCCAAAUCAUGGAAACGUGCCCGUCAUCUGGUGGCCGGAGCCUGGAUUGUUUCCGCCCUCUUUUCCCUACCCAUACUCAUGCUCUACGAAGAGAAACUAAUACAGGGACAAACACAAUGUUGGAUAGAAUUGGGAUCACCCUGGGCUUGGCAAGUCUAUAUGAGUCUAGUAUCGGCCACACUCUUUGCCUUUCCCGCCCUCAUUAUCUCUGCCUGUUAUGCGAUUAUAGUGAAGACCAUUUGGGCUAAAGGUUCAAUAUUUGUGCCGGCAGAAAGGGCGGGCUUUAGUAAUGCCAACGCAAGAAGAGCCAGUUCGAGGGGUAUAAUACCAAGAGCUAAAGUGAAAACUGUUAAAAUGACUUUUGUUAUUGUAAUAGUAUUCAUAGUGUGUUGGUCACCCUACAUUAUAUUCGAUUUGUUGCAGGUGUUUGGUCAUAUACCACAAACACAAACUAAUAUAGCGAUAGCGACUUUUAUACAAAGUCUAGCGCCUCUUAACUCAGCAGCAAAUCCUUUGAUUUAUUGUCUAUUUUCCUCGACGGUUUUUCGAACAUUAAGUCGUUUCCCUCCCUUCAAAUGGUUUACCUGCUGUUGCAAAUCUUAUCGCCAUAAUUCCACUCAAACUCGUUGUAACACUGUAGGACGUCGCCUACACAAUAGCUGUGAUUCAAUGCGCACUUUAACCACCUCCUUGACCGUAUCGAGACGUUCGAAUAAAGGUACAACGCGUGUGAUUAUAUGUGAAAGGCCUAAAUCGAAUUCCAUCAACCAUAAUGCCAUGUCAGAGGUAUGAUAGCAGCAGCAUUGUGCGCGUUGUUCUAGUGUAAUUUUAUAUCGUUCAACGCGUUUUACUCCGCUGGAAUAUGUGUAAGUUAAUUUAGCUUUUAAAUUGCUAUUUAAUUAUAACAAACAAAACGAAAAGAAAAUUAAACCUCAUUUUAAGCUAGUCAAUCUCAAUUGUUGUCAACUUUAAGUGUAUCCUGUCAUUUGUAAAUUAAGUCGACAAAUACUAACUUAUUCACAACCUAGUAUCAAUGUAAAUCUCAUUUAAUUUAAGACAAUAAGGCUAAAGGAAAAAAAAAACAUCUAUUGAAACAAUUUCACGUCAUAGUUUAAGUUGUUUUGUAAAAUAAACAUUUGUCCUAUUCACUAACGUUGUUGUAACGUUGUAUAUCACAACUUUAUUUUUAUUAAAAGCUAGUUUUCGUCUCAUUAAACAACCCUAAAAAAGAUUAAUAACAUACAACUUUACAACAUUACAACACUGCUUGUGAAUUGCACAAAUGUUUUGUAUAAAUUUUUGCUCUAUUUAGACUGAUCUUUAAAACACUCUCUCCUCAAAAAAAAAAUUAAAAAACAAAAUCUAUUAAACAUUUUCACCAAAAACAAAAACAAAUUGUACAGUUUUUAUAAAAUUACUAAAAUGAAAAUGUUGUUAAAAAUAAUUCAUUUAUAAGAUAAAUAGUGUUAAAACUUAUAAUAAAUUUUCUCUCUCAGAGUUGUGCUUUUUAUGAAUAUAAGAAUUUAUU